AUGCCGAGGCCCAGACACGCGGACUUUGUCCGUCACGAUUUCUGUCUUACAGAGAUUUCAAGUUAUACGAACUUCACCGAUCUUUUACCCCCACCCCGUCUAUCUCGGCUUUUUGCCCCUUUCGGUCACAGACAAUAUCUCGCUUUCCUGAUUGGUGGUCAAUCCGUGGAAUUAUGGAAAUUGUCUGACUUCACUCUAACCACACGUAUUCCGUUCACCCCUGAAAUGCAAGUUGUUGCUUUGGUUUUCAUUUCGGUGCCAAUCAGUGUCGUGGAACUCCUCAAAGAAGCCGUAUUCUCAUCUUCACAUGAACCUAAUGAGUCCGGUAGUAUCACGUACUUAAUUGCCGUUGACGUGUUUUCAAGGAUUGGUGUCAGUCAAAUUCCCGACCACGUGACGUGUCCUACUCCUCCUCCUCGUUCUCACCGAACCAUCCCAGAUCACUACAACAACAAGAUACCGCCACGUGCAGACGGUUUUGUGGCUCUUCGCGAUUUGCAUGACAAAAAGACGCUCGUCCGAUUCAAUUCCGGUGGCGGAUGGGGUUUGGUUAGUACCGGGUCGGAUAACCAAAGCAGCUCGUCUGCCGAAUGCCCGGCCGAUAUGGCACUCAAAGCACUGUCAGCCGCUACUGUACACACCACAGGUGUACGACGUCUAUCUUUCUUAUCGGGUCCGACUGCUUAUACUCGGUUACUUGUUCUGCUACAUGACUCGCUGUUUGUGUGGCAGCCACGUGAUAUGAUCCUAAUUUGCAUGGCUCGAUUUGGCGAACAACUUCAGCGGUGUCUGAUCAGCGCGGAUUGGGCUUUCCCUAUUUCGGCUCCUUCCGAUCCAGUCUUCUGUCUGAUUCUGGGCGCUGAUGGGGCAUUGCGUUUGGCACAGACUGGUGAAUCCGGUUCGGAGAUGACCAUCUUGACCUCCACCAGUCCGAUGUCGAAUAUGACAUCGAAUUCAGAACAACCGAUCACAAAAUUUUUCGGAAGUAGCGCCAUACCGGACCGAGUUGAUUCUCAAAGUGAGCAUGAACGAGCUGUCAAUCUGCUCCUCGAGACCAGACCGGACUGUCCAACCUACAACUGGAAUAUGUACAAGGCAUGUCUGUUGGCAGCAAACGCCUCCGGUCGACUUCGACCAAGCACCACACCUAGUUCAGCUAAAGUGGCCGAGGACACUUAUAUGAGCACGGUGAAAUUGGUUGCCACAAAUCUACUGUCCAAUGGUCAAUUGGACGAAGGGAUUGAGUUGCUCUGUCUGAUUGGCCUAUACGCAGAUGCGUGCCGCUAUCUGGAAUCAUUCGAUCAAUGGGAUCAUUCAAUUUGGUUGGCCAAGGUAACAUUUCCCUUGAAUCCAUAUCGUGCCAUGUAA